AAAAAACCCCCGAAUCAUAUUCUGAACAUGAAAUAGAAUGAAUCCAUGAAAAACAGGAAACCGAAGGAGAGUAGGUUUCCUGCGCAGCAAGAAAGUGAAGAAACAAGUCCUUAUUUGAUUAGUACCAAAACUUACUAUAAAUCCCUCAAACCUCCGCAAAACCUCCCUUAAACCUUCUUUUCGAAUAAUAUUUUUUGUCUGGAAUUGUAGAGUUUGAUCAUCAUGGCAGCCUAUGAUCCACCACCCACUUUCACCUACAGAAUCGCCAAAGAAGCCGGCACCGGUUUUUCCAUCGGCGCACUAGCCAGCACACCGUACCACUUCUACAAGGGUAUAGCUUCCAUGCCAAGAGGCUCCCGUAUCACCGGAGGCCUCCAGAACAUCCGUAUGCGUUCUCCAGCUACCGCGGGUUCUUGGGCUGUUUGGUGUUCUCUCUUCGGCGCUUCAGAGUGUGCUGCUGCUCACCUCCGUGCCAAGGAGGACCCUUGGAACACCAUUAUCGGGGGGGCUGCAGCUUCCGGGAUUCUCACUCUUCGCAAAGGGCCCGGUCCUACUGUCAGGGCGGCACUUUUUACCGGGUGGCUCAUCGGGCUUGUAGAAGGGGUUCAGAUUGUGAUGGCUAACCGGUUCAAAUCUACGGCCCAGGGGGUUCCGGUACAAAUCGUACAACAGGAGCCCGCCGGUGCGUUACCCGACGACCUACGCCUAUUUUUGAGUUCAACUCAAUUAAGCAUCAACGAAAAACAAAAUUAAGUCUUUAACAAAGCAUAUUAGUUAUAAUUAAGGCAAAUUUGUCCAAAACUACCUUAUAAAUUUAAUUAUUUGUAAAAAACUACCUUAUAAAAAAAAUGUUGCAAUUAACUACCUUAUAAAAAAUUUAUGUUGUAAGAAACUACAUUUUCCCGAAUUACGAACGUUUCAUCGAAAUUCCGGGAUUGACUUUACCAUAUAUAUGUCACGUGCCAUUUAAUUACGUCUUUCCCGUUAGAUGUCGCGUAAUAUGCACCUAGUAAAAUUAACGUCGUAAUUUUGAAUUAAUGCUCAUAAUCUAGCCAAAGGUAGUAUCUAACAACAUAACAUUUUUAUAAGGUAGUUUAUUACAACAUUUUUUUUAUAAGGUAGUUUUUCGCAAAAAUCAUAUUUUAUAAGGUAGUUUUUGACAAAUUUGCCUAUAAUUAAUCAAAUUUUGAUGUAGCUGAAUUUAUUUAUUUAUUUAAAUUAUUACUUAAUUAUACUUUCUCUGUUUUAUUAGUUAACAUUAUUUACACAAGUUU